AUGCUCGCUUUAAUCCCGCUAGCUCUACUUCAAUCAGUCAAUGGUACAGUAUCCGGUUGGUUUUCGAUUCCAAACUUGCCUUUUUUGUUUCCAGCAAUAGGAUAUAUUCCUCUAGAAACCAAUAGUCUGAUGCGCAAUGUUGUGGGAUAUGGGUCCACUUGUGAUGCUCAGGCUGAGAACAAGAUUGCUCAAUGCUCGGAUGAAUUGACGAAUAUGGGAGUGUUCAGUGCGUUGGGAGGAAAACAAGCGACACUUUCGGAUAUGAAAACUCACUCCCAAAUUCAUUUCGUCCAGAUGUGUGGAGCCUACCAAAGAUUCAACAACUGUCUAGGUGGAAGUUACAUCAAACAAGCUUGCUAUCCCCACGAACCUUUAAAAUCUCGCUACUCUGUGGUGGACUCAGUGCUAGAAUAUGUUUGUGGAGAGGGAUAUCAAUCUAUGCUGAACAACUGGAACUGCUACUUGUCUGUUGCGGAUAGCAGAGAGAUUGCAAUGUGUGAAGCAAGUUUCACACAAUUGGCUAGGAACACCGAGCAAAUGUACAAUGACUAUUCUUCAGGAGCAGGAGCGUGUUUUGCCCUCCAAUCCUACACGGAUUGCAUCCGUCCUGCUAUUGAGACAACAUGUGGCCUUGGAUCCUUCCUCACCGUUAUCCAAGCCGUCGAACGACCCAUUCAAAUCUAUCUCCCAUUUUGUACGCUUUCCUCUUCCACGAUCUCGUUCCUUCCCUCAAUUUUCAUUUCCCUCUUUCUUUUCGUUUAUUAUUUGUAA